AGGCUUUUCUAUGCCGUAGGACUCUCCGUUGGGAGAUUUAAUGCCUUUUAAAGUAUUCGGAGGCUUUUCGGAAAGAUCUUAAGUGCAAAUUGCUGCUGCUGUAAGGCUCUAAUCCGGUGAAUUGAAAAUGAGUUUGGGUAUUUGAGGAGACUGCUGUGCUGGUUUUUGUCACUUUCUGUAGUAUACGCAAAUGCAACCCUACCAGUGCUGGAUACAGUUUGUCUGAAAUUUGGGUGUAUUCACUCGCUACCUGGUGGUUCUGAUACCCAUUUCUGAAACUUGCGUGUGCUUUCUACUAUCUUUGCUUUGACCGACCUUGUUCAGCGGAAUCCUUUGUAUUAUUGGUACUUUCAAAUCUUGUGUAACAUCUGCCACCGCUAUAGAAAUGCGUAAUGUAGUUAGGGCUUCGGAUGGCUAUCUUGCCUUCUGUUUGGUUUUCCUCACAGAAAUCUUUUUAGAAUUAAGAGACCGAGAUUAAUCCUUUUUUUUUCCUUCUUCUAAUUCAACAGAUGCAGUUUAUGUUGCUUUUUAGUCGCCAGGGGAAACUGAGACUCCAGAAGUGGUAUGUCCCAUUAUCUGACAAAGAAAAGAAGAAAAUCACAAGGGAACUUGUUCAAACAGUAUUAGCCCGCAAACCGAAAAUGUGCAGCUUCCUGGAGUGGAGAGACCUGAAGAUUGUCUACAAAAGAUACGCAAGCCUCUAUUUCUGCUGUGCUAUUGAAGAUCAGGACAAUGAACUAAUAACUCUGGAAAUAAUUCAUCGCUAUGUAGAACUUCUUGACAAGUAUUUUGGCAGUGUAUGUGAACUCGAUAUCAUCUUCAACUUUGAAAAAGCCUAUUUCAUUCUGGAUGAGUUCCUUUUAGGAGGGGAAGUUCAAGAGACUUCGAAGAAAAAUGUUCUCAAAGCCAUUGAACAGGCAGAUCUCUUACAGGAGCCACGUCAUGAAUACUUUAAUGUCCCAGUGUACUAAAUGGCUUCAUUCAUCAUGCAUGCAGAAUUUCAGAGGAGAUAGACCUGUGACUUACUCAUGACAGAACAUUAUCAUCAGCUUGGUGAAUCCAGUCAUCUUGAAUCUAAUAGAAUACCACAACCAUUCCCUGCUGUUGUACUUUCCCCCCCCCCCCCCUCUGUUUUACAGUGUUGUCUCUUCACAUGUCUCAUUUCAACAAAACUUGUGCUUGUUGGCAUAUGGUUUAACUUUUUUAUUGUGUCUAAGCUUGAAGUCUUAUGCUUAAAAAUUCUGUGGAAUUUUCUGAGCUAAACAUCUAUAUACUGCAAUAACUAUACUGUAACAUUACUUGACCUGUGCUUAUCUUUCAAAUAAGUUGUGGUGGUAUUUAAACAUACACUUAAAACCUGUAGAUGAAGUUAAUAUUUACAGAGAAACUAGUGAAGGAGUAGUAGUAUGUGAAAUGUGGAUACACACAAGUAUUAAAUGAUGUUACACACAAUUCUACACAGACCUUGCAUCUUAAAGAUGCACAUACCAGUAUCCUUUUCUGAGACUGGCAUGGUAGUGUGGCUUACCUUAUAAAGAGGAGGAAGGCAGAAUUGAUUAGGACAAAGAGAACAACUGAAGUAAAUCUGAAGUUACAACAUUUGUAUUUAAAUGUUCAAAACACUCUUGUGAGGAGUUAAACUAUUGCUGCUACUGAAGGAGAGAACAAGUUCAUUGCUUUACAAAUGGUUAGGGUUGGAAAGAUUUUUAAGUCCAUUAACAGCAUACUUGAAAUAUGUGUCCUUCAAUUGGCAUUUCCAGUUUUAAGUGCAGACUACCUUGUAUGUCAGAGAGCUGCCAUGAGGAUGAAUAUGAUAAGUACCUUUUAAUUAAAAAGUGUGGUCAGAGUGAGAGGGCAUGUAUUACAUCCUCUGUUUGUCUAGUAGAAGAGAAUAAUUUGUAACCUAAAACCAAUGCCGUUUUUUAAAAUGGCUCUGGUGUAGGCAUAAAUCAUGUAGUUAGCAAGGAG